CGAGGAGGAGAGAAGGUAAGGGGGGAGGUGAGGUGGAGGAAGAAGAGCACUCAGACGGGCGUGUUUUAUAUGUCGCUGCAGUAUCCACGCCUGUAGAAGAAGAAGAGGCAGUGGAAAGACGCAAAAGAAGAGAGGAAACACUGGCAGAGGAUCAGCUUGUGUCACUGUGAAGGCACCACACGUCCACUACAUUAAAGCCCGCCGUGACGUCGCCACGAGUGUGUUUGUUUGUGUGUGUUGGUGAAUGAGUGUGUGUCAAUGGGACACUGAGAGAUGUGUGUGCCGCAGCAAUGGUGGACAGGCUCAAGUGGGCCGAGCCCCGUUCCCCCACUGGCCCUCGCCCUCAUCCUCCCUGUAGCCUUCCUCUUCUCAUCCACGCCUCCACUGGCACAGGGAGCCCUCAUCAUCCCAGCAAACUACAAAGUAACAAACAUUUCACAGCCGCCUGUGCUGACAGAGCCUUCAGAGGUGAUGACGUCAUUCACGGCGUUCUCCCGUGAUGACAUUUAUCUGCCGUGUGAGGCCUCCGGCAACCCCGCUCCCAUGUUCCGCUGGGUGAAAGAUGGCCGGACAUUCGGGGCUGAGCAGACGGGAAGCGGAACGCUGGAGGUCAGCGAGGACGAGGUGCUGGAGUCCUACCAAGGAACCUACCGCUGUUACGCCUCCAACACUCUGGGGACCGCCAUGACACACACCUGGCAUGUCAUCGUGGAGCCUCAGCCGGUGCUCCUGAAACAGCAGAAGUUCCGCAGGCGAGCGUAUGAAGGCGAGAGCAUCAUCUUGUCUUGCGACCCCCCGCAGAGCUCCACCCCUCCACAUAUCCACUGGAUGGACAAGAAGAUGGUGCACAUCAGGCAAAGCGACAGAGUGAUGGUCGGCCUCAACGGCAACUUGUACUUUGCUAAUCUCCUCAAGAGUGACAGUCGAGAGGAUUACAUCUGCAACGCUCAGUACUCUGCUGCCAGAACCAUCCUACCGGACACUGCCAUCGCCCUCAACGUCCUGCCCAGUAACGAUGUAGCUAACGGCAAGCCGCCUAAGCUCUUUCGCCCGAGCGGCUCCCACUCGUCCGUGCUAGCGCUCCGCGGACAAAGUCUCACCUUGGAAUGCAUCCCCAAGGGCCUCCCGACUCCAAAGGUGGAGUGGAAGAAGAAGGACGGCAAUCUGGAUGAGAGUGAUGGGCAUCGGGAAAACCAUAACCGCUGGCUCUCUUUCGACAGCAUCAGCCAGAGCGACGACGGCGAGUACGAGUGUCGAGCGUUCAAUGUGCAUGGCUCCACCACGCACUCCUUCACUGUCACAGUGGAAGCUGCUCCUUACUGGGUGAAGAAGCCUCAGAACCUGCGCUACUCUCCUGGAGAAACUGUAAGACUGGACUGUCUGGCUGAAGCCAUCCCAACUCCCAACAUCACCUGGAGAAUCAAUGGUCAACCGCUCUCAGAAGUGGAUGCCGACGAUCGCCGCAGUGUCUCAGGGGGUGUGUUGAAGCUGACCGACGUGGAGCUAACCGACACGGCGGUGUAUCAGUGUGAGGCCACCAACAAACAUGGCUCCAUCAUCCUCAAUGCCUACCUCCAUGUUGUUGAGCUCCCCCCUCAGAUCCUGUCCUCAGACGGAGUCGUGUACAAAGUCACCGAGGGCGGGACCAUCAAAAUGUUCUGUGAAACCUUCGGCUCGCCGCUGCCUCACGUCGCAUGGGAAGGCGAGGACUCGGAGCCCCUGCUGUCGGACCCUCGUGUCUCCCUGCUGACUGACGGGACACUCGAGGUGUCGGAUGUCAGUUACAGCAACAGUGGCGUGUACAGCUGCUUUAUCAAAAACACCAACAUCUCCAUCAAGGCUCACCUGGAAGUCUUCAAUGGGACAGUGAUUCUGACGGGCCCUCAGGACGUGCGAGCAUUCCGAGGUGGAAACGCCCUUCUGGACUGUCACUUUUACAAGGACCCCCGACUGCUCCGCUACCAGAUUGUCUGGAGGAAAGAUGGACAAAAACUGCAGGAGUCGUCACCGGAUGACAAGUACACUAUCUUUGCCAACGGUACACUGAAAGUGACUGACAUCCAAUCAAAAGACAACGCAGAGUAUUCCUGUGAGGUCAUCACGGAGCUUGAUCAGGCGACCGCCAGCGGUUCCAUCACAGUCGUAGCCCGUCCGGACCCCCCUGAGGAUCUGACUCUGUCUGAAGUGAAGGAUUACAGUUUGACUCUGAGCUGGAUCCCUGGUCGCUCACACAACAGCCCCAUCACUGAGUUCAUCGUGGAGGCAAAAGUGGAGCAGCACUCGCAGAGGCAGGAUGACGACGUCUGGCGGUGGGAGGUGAUGAAGCGGGUGCCCGGCGACUUUAACCAUCUGCAGCUCUCCCUCCACCCUUUCUGCAAGUAUGUCUUCCGGGUCAUCGCAGUCAACGAGAUCGGCCCCAGCGAACCCAGCAAGACCAUGCUUUUCUACAGCACGCCCCCUGCUGUACCACACAUUAACCCUACCGGUGUGCGCAGCGAGUCCUCCGAUGCGGGAACUUUGGCUAUUAUGUGGGACGAGAUGCCCAGGCGAUCCCACAACGGCAAGGACUUCCAGUACAAGGUGCUUUGGAGGGAGGCAGGUGGCAAGAGUAUUCACUGGAACCACGGCUACGCCAAGUCUCCACCAUUCUUGGUGAACAACACAGGAACAUAUGUACCGUUUGAGAUCAAAGUCCAAGCCGUCAACUCACUGGGUGAAGGACCUGCUCCGGAGGCUGAGAUAGGACAUUCUGGAGAGGAUGUUCCUGAGGAAGCUCCCAGUGGAGUCACAGUCAGGGUGAUGAACAGGACCAUUGCCCUGAGGUGGAAUGAAGCCCAGAACGUCAGAGGUCUUCUUCUGGGAUACAGGAUCUACAUCAAGAGACUGGGUCCAGAGGGGCCUCGAGGCUGGCGGUCCCCUGGGGAAAGGCAACACCUGCAGGAUGGGAGGGAGCGAGAGAAAAGAGUGGAGCAAGCCAAGGACGAUGACGUGAUGGUGGAGGUCCAAGGCAUGAAGAACUCAAAGGAAGUGACGGGGUUGCAGCUAUACUCCCACUACAGGGUUUCCAUCACAGCCUUUAACAGCAAAGGAGAGAGCCCCCCUUCCCCAGCGAUCUAUUUCAGCACCCCGGAAGGAGCCCCUGGACCUCCAGCAUCGCUGAGCUUUGAAAGCCCAUCAGAAAGCUCUCUGAUUCUCUACUGGACCCCCCCUGAGGAAACCAAUGGAAUUCUGCUGGGAUACAUGGUGCAGUACCAACAAGAGGUGAAGAGCCAAGACAGCCUGGUCCAGAUGGAGCUCAUCGGUGAUCCCAGUGUGACCCACCUUGUGUUGGAUGCUCUGGACCCUCAGACCUAUUACAACUUCAAGGUGAUCGCACGUACCGCCGCUGGGGAUGGACCGCCCAUCACAAAGAGGAACGCCACCCUCUUUGAUGGAGUUCCUCCAUCAAACAUCACCAUCACCCCCAGCAACAAUGCGCUCAACCUGAGCUGGGUGCCUGGAGAGCGAGAGAGGAACCACGGCUUUCACAUCAACUUCCUCAGGAAGAGUGCUGGGGGUCAGUGGGAGAAAUCAGAAAUGGUGAAUUCCACGCAGGGGUUCUACUCACUGACGGGCCUUCAGCCAAGAACUGAGUACCAUCUUGUCAUCAUGCAUGGGAACUAUACUCAGUGGGAGUCAGCAAAGUGGACCUUGGGACCAGGGCCAUCUGAGGUGAGUGGCGGCUUUGCCACUCAAGGCUGGCUGAUCGGACUCAUCAGCGCCAUUGUACUGCUCAUACUGAUCCUGCUCAUCCUCUGCCUCGUCAAGCGCAGAAAGGGCGGCAAAUACGCAGUGAAGGACAAAGAAGAAAAGGAGGUGGACUCGGAAGUUCGGCCCAUGAAGGACGAGACCUUUGGAGAAUACAGAUCUUUGGAGAGCGACACCGACGAGAAGCGUUCCGACAGCCAGCCGUCCUUGUGCGGGGACAGCAAACUGGGCAGCGAUGACUCCUUGGCCGAGUACGGCGACAGCGUGGACAUCCAGUUUAAUGAGGAUGGCUCCUUCAUUGGCCAGUACAGCGGCCGCGGCCCUGUUCCCCACGGCAAUGAGAGCUCCGGCCCCACCUCCCCCGUGAACGCGGCCCCGCCUCCCCCCAUCGCUCCAUCCAUGUCAACCAUCCUCAACCGGCCCAGCUAAACAAACACACACACACACACAGUGCAUAAAGGGAUAGACCACUUGUGAGUCUCUCACACACACACACACACACACACACACACAGUCUAAAUACAUUCCAUGUUUAUGCAGAGAAGCUGUUUACAGAAUGUUUCGCCUUUUCUACACCAAGUUUACACACACAUCUAUGAAGUAAGACGCCGAGGCUUGCAAAGGCUGGAAACGUCUGGAAAUUUAGUUGGGGGAAUUUGGGAAAUGUUGGAAGACUGCCAUUUUCCACUGAAAUGAAUUUGAACGUUUACGUCCUUGAAUCAAGUUCUCACUGAUCACAAAAUGAGCAUGCAGUGGAACCUCUAAAGUUGACCCCCUCAGAGGAAUUGGUCCAAAAUAAAAGCAAGAAGACAAGAACGUAGACAGGAAGUUAUGUUAAGUAAGCAGACCUAAGGCUGGUUUAUGCUUCUGUGCCAGGGUUGCAUGUGUGUGCUGUACAAUUCUCCCCCUAAACACUAGGGGCAGUGUUUUGCAGUGAGUCUAGUAAGUCAGCAACCAUGACAAUUGUCAACGAAUUGGAUUUAUAUAGCGCCUUCUUAUAAGGUGCCAAAGCACUUCACAGUCAAACCCAUUUUUUAUUAACUCCACCGUCACACACUUGUGGUGAUCUACAUACGUACCCACAGCUGCCCUAGGGUAGACUGGCGGAAACAUGGCUGCCAAUUGUAUUAUUCUUAAGGUUAAAAUUAUUAUUUUGGAGCCUUUCUAUUAUUAGUUUGUGGAAUAUAACUGCGGAGUAGCGAUCGCAAUACAAUGCAAUGCAUGUGCGCACGUGUUUUUAUCAGUGUAUCAGUGUAUGAGCAGAACCAAUCCUCCACAGCUCGCACACACGCGCAUGCAGCCCAAAUGUACUGUAAACGAGUGAUCACGUCCACGUGUGCACCACAGCUGCAACCUCGGGAAAACAUCGCAGUGACUUUUGUGUGAUCUAUCAAAUUGGAGGAGAGGUGGGCUGCACGCCCUCGUAUAUGCAUAAGAAAUAAUGGGCGAAAUAAUGGUCACAGUCCUUACGGUUCGGUUUCUUUGAAGGCUCACGUUCCGCUAAGGGUUUGGAGGGAAGGCGCAAGCCAGAGUAGCGUCUCAUUACUUCACGUAACUUCCAGUCGACUCUUCUAUACUUGGUUUCUGGGCCCAUCUGUCAUUAAAGUGAAUAGUUCAUUAGUUUUAUGUUUUCACAUUCAACACACAUUCAACUGCUCUUUACACUUGCGUAAUGUUAAACAUGUAAUCGAAAAUGUGUGUAUUUUUUCUGAUGGGAACAGAUUUGUGACUAGACGGUGUUCAACUUUAAAGCUUCCACUGAUGACGCAUGCUAGGACGUGUGGCCUAAUUGGCGUCACCUGCUGUUGAACAAAUGUACUCCCUUUCAUUUCCACAAAGUCCUCUUUACACACACAACAAAUCUUGGCAAACCAGAGAGGGACAAAGACGACGCUGUGGCCACAAAACAUCACACUGUCUUUCGUGAACAUCAUUGCUGUGUCUUGUGCGCGUCAAUCAGCUUCUUUCCUUGCACGUGGCUUUUGGCGCGUGCACGGCUGCCUCCCGCCGAGAUUUUGUCUGCCAGGUAGGAAUGCCUGAAUGUUUCUUUCAUUUAGUUUUUGGUUGUCUUCGGGGGAGAACUGUUGCCUUAAGAAAGUCCAAUUGAGCUUCCUCUCUUCCGUCUCUACCCAUCGUCCUCGUGCACACACAUAUUCACACACACGGGCAAACACACACACACACACACACACACCAAGCAUCCCCCACACUCAAGGAAACAUCAUGGAGGGAAGAAUGAGGUCCUGUGUAGCAAACAAACCGUUAAAGGACUUUCAUGAUGAGACCUUUGAUGAUUUGUCCUCUGAAUGUAAAUAGAACCGUUUUGAUUGUGAGACUGUUUUUGUUUUUUGUUUUGAAUAACUGUCUUUGCAUCUCUUAUCAGAACCUUUGCCCCGUUUAAUUUUGCACUGCUGCUGAUUUUGUGUCACACAAGUCUGUUCACGCGCGUGUUGCUUUCAGACUGAAUGCUACGCUAACAUUUGCCUUGUUUCCCUCCCACCGAACGGUCGCUUUUUUUU